AAAAUGCACGCUCUAUCUUUCUUAGAAGACUUGAGCUCGCGAGAGGAACUGCAUCUUCUGCCCGGAUUGAGUAUCAUCAGAGAGAACCAGACUAAUGCCACUACGGCCGAGGAAAUAGCUGCUGAAUUAUCGAAGCAGUACCCAGGAAAACCUGAGGAGAAACUAAAUAGGUUCUUGCUGUACCGUCUCCAAGACUACCUGGAUGGGCACUCGUUGAAGUACAAAUUGCUAGAUCCUCAGACCACGAAGCAGGCUAUGGAUAUGGCGAAAGGGGACCCGGAAUCAAUUGGAAGGAAAUCCGGUGGUGGUGGUGGUGGGGGUGGCUUUGGAGGUGGUAAAGGCGGUGGCGGCGGAGCUCUUCUGGCUGCUGCUUUGAUGAUGAAAGGAACCUUAGCUGCAGCAGCGUUAGGAGCCUUAGCGCUGUUAGCGGGCAAAGCAUUGAUGACAGCAUUGAUGUCGCUACUGCUCUCGGCUCUGGUCGGUCUCAAGGGACACGGCGGCCACAAGUCCACGACAUAUGAGAUCAUCACCAAGCCAGAGGUCUCCCAUCAUCACUCCCACAGCCACGAAGAGCAUCAUGAACAUGAGCACGGGCAUCAUGGCGGCUAUAGAAGAGCAUAUGAUAUGGGCUACAAUAAUUACAUGCCGUAUGACGUUGCCACUACAAAAUAG